AUGUCCAGGAACCGUGACCAACUCUAUGAGGGGCAUAUCAAUAUGUACCCACCGCAACCGGAGCAGCAAUUUAAACGGCAACCGAUGAAGGUACUUACGGAGCAAGAUGGUGUAAACAAUCCCUCAGAACAAGCACAAUACCCACCGGAAGGAUAUUCUGAUUGGCGGCCUGAUCCAUCAUUUGUCGAUGUGUCGACACCGGUUGGCAAUUACGAGGUGGGUGGUCUUGCCGGUGACGUUUCCAAGGCGUCCAUGCAUAUACCAACUUCUCAAAGAGAGAGUUCAUCUCUGCUUUCCUUUGAAGAACGCCCCAACACGUGGUGUAAGUCGCCGUCGAAGAGUAGUUUGGAUUUGACAACGUCUCCAGAUCAGCAUCAAGAAAGGAGGGAUCGUUUUUCGGAAUAUACGAAGGAUGCCUUACACUUCUAUAAAGUGUACGAGCAAGCUGUUAAGGAUUCUACAAGGUUUACACCAUCUAUUCAGAUGAAAUGGUCAGAGACACUACUUGAAUAUGCAUUUUUGCCAGAUUUUGUUAGUAAAUACAGUAUCAACGGGGAAAAGCUCAAGAGAGAAUUAACGACCAAAGAAUGUCAGAAGAACAAAACCACGUUAUUGGAGCAUGCUUUGAAGGUUCUAACUAAACUAAUAAAGCUCAAAUAUGCACCUGCAAUCUACUUAAUGGGUACUUUGUAUUCUCACCAGCCAUAUUUGAAAAUCCCAGCUGACGGAAUUGUGCCUGAGAACGAUCGCAAGGCGUUGGAAUACUACAAAACUGCGGCGAAAUUACAGAAUUCUGACGGAUGCUACAGAGCUGGAGUUUCUUAUGAGCAUGGUCGUGGUAUUUUGGCGGGGCUCAGUCGACGUGACUGUUUGUCAAUUGCUCUUUCUUACUACGAAAAGGGAGCGAUGGCCAGAGAAGUCACCUCUGGAAGUUGUUGCAGCAUGUAUAAAUUGGGAAUUUAUCAGUUACAUGGUGUUGUGGACGACGAGUCUGGUGAAACUAUAGUUCAUCAAGAUGUUAGUUCUGCAAUACGAUGGUUCGAACGAGCCACAGAACAUCAUGAAAUAGUGUCGCCGCAGGCAUUAUUCGAGUUAGCCAAGAUCCACGAAUAUGAUUCUUUACCCCCUGAGUUACAACAUAUAUUGAGACUACAAAAUAUUCAUACAGACUCUUUAAAGGCACUUGAGUUAUAUAUUAGGUGUGCCCUUAAAUUUAAUUAUCCUCUAGCACAAUGGAAACUAGGCCAUUGUUAUGAGUUCGCGGAGCUGCAUCUACCAUAUAAUCCAAGCAAGUCAAUAACAUGGUAUUAUAAGGCCGCCACAGCACAUCCAAGGGGCAAUGCGAUGGCGAUGAUAGCGUUGAGUGGCUGGUAUUUGACGGGAUCUCCAGGGGUUUUACUGCCAAAUCCCGAAGAAGCCUUUAAUUGGGCUGUCAAAGCUUCCGAAACUUCAGAGCGACGGUUAGCUAAAGCUGAAUUUACUCUGGGCUUUUACUACGAACAUUCAAUAGGUUGUAUCCAGGACUUGAAUUUGACCAAAGAACAUUAUAGACGUGCUGCUCAAUUAGGACAUCUGAAGGCAAUUGAACGAUUGAAUAAUUUGUAA